UGUUUGAACUGCAGGUUUCAGAGGAAAAUGGCUCAACGGUCUGGGCAAUACUUGGCCAUCGAAAACGCAACUAGUGGCUUAAGCUCGAGCACCGACAACAAUGAAAUACCCAGGGAUCUGGAGCUCAAGGAAAGCGCAUCCUUCGCAGGCUUCGGAUCCCAUUUUGUCGGUCUAACCCUUCAUUCGGAGCGGAGAAAGAGGGUUUCUGGCGGGGAUUGCGACUACUAUCAGCAACCCAAUUUACUGCGCAACCCGUUGGUCGUGAGGAGUGGCCAUAUUCCGGAGGAUGAAGAGUGCCAUCCCAAUUGUCCUUAUCGGGGCAAUUAUCAGACGCAAAACAACUGCCCGCAGCCAGCCCAUCAAUAUUAUAAUCAGAAUCAGAUUAAUCAGAAUCAGCGUUCAGAGCCUGCACAGAAUCAGUCGAGUUAUUACGACAAUAGAAACCAUGGCGCAGCCCAGCAAAGCCAUGGAGCACCAUGUCGCCAUUGCUAUGAGCACCAUGCGCGCUCCCAGUCCCAGCCAAAGGAUCGACAUGGAAGCGAGUGUGGAUGCGACCAACCAUCGGGCAGGAGAGCGUACAGGACGCCCUCCUCGCAUUAUAUGGAAUACAGGGAGUUUCAGCACAGUCCCAGGAAUUCUGCCGUAGAAAAACAGCAGUAUGGCGAAUAUCCUCCAGAGUCUCAGCGAAGGCAGAGUCGCCUGCCCAAAAAGUCCUCCGAUUGCAGUUGUGGGCAUCCUGAACCAAUGCCAGAACGAAAACCGGUGCAGAAAACUAAACGCUUGCAAAAGCAGCUCUCUGAAUGCAGCUGUGAGUCUGAGGAAAACGGAGCUCAGCGGGUUCAGAGGAGCAAGCGAAUGAAGGCGUCACUUUCCGACUGCAGCUGUGAGGAGGAGCGUUCACCCAAAAGACCGCCAGUGCAUAGGAAGAGUAGCCCGGACAAAAGCUAUUACCUGAGGAAACCAACGCCAGCAGCUCAAACUUGUGCCGUUCGCUGCCAUGCUCGCUCGCACAUACAAGGACCGCCACCUCCACCUGUCCCAAGGCGGAAAUCUCCUGCCGCUGCACCGCAACCGGUUUCCAGGAAACCCACACCCAAAGCCAAGCCAACCAGUUGUCCAAAAGUCAAACCAAGGAAAUGUAGUGCCUGCAAUCGCUGUACCGACGAGGAAAGCGAUGCCGCCGACUACGUGGAGCACAGUCGUUCCCGUACGGAGGUACUCAGGAAUCCGCUGGUUCAGUCUCGUUGCGACUAUGAUGACAAUGGAGUACCUGCCUGCGAAAGCUGCAGUGAGGAAUGUCCUGCCCAGCAGAGAGCACGAUCGCCCAGUUGUAAGCGAGCCAAACCGGAAAAUCGCAGUCGCUCCUGCAAGGAACCGCCCAUCUGCUCCAACGAAACCCUGAUGGAAAAGCCUGUGAAAAGCUAUCGCUUCAAUUGCCCAGAGAAUGGUAGAUGUGCGUCCUGCCGAAAACUCUGCCCGAAAUGCCACAAGGUUCUGGCCCAAAAGAAGCAAACUUCUUCGGCCAAGAGGUGCGCUGCAUCGGUGGCCCAAAAAUGCUGUCCCAUGUGCGGAUUGCUACCCAUGAUGCCGAAUAUUUCCAUUCCGGACGUUGCCAGCGGCAACCGCAUUAUCUACAGGACUUUGGGAAGAUGUCGACCCAGGAAGUUGCCCAAGACCAGAUACGAGUUGACCAUUUGCUGCAAGAAGCGCUGCCAGGGAGGUCGGAACUCUCACUACAUGACGGGCACAAUUGCGACCAGUUUGAAGAGAAGGGCCAAGGCGGCGAUGACUGGGGUUAAUCCAGUGGCGCCAUCGCGGAUGUCAAGUCACAGACAGGGUGUCAGACAAGCCGCUUCCCCACCUCAAAAUAUGCCCAGUCAUCCAGUAUACCAGCCAACAGGACAUGUGCGGAGUCCGAGCAGAGCAGGUCACUCCUAUGUAGACCAAGGUCGAACUAUUCCAUCAACUUCUGGCCAGCAACGUGAGCGACCAGCGGCUCCACCACCAUUUAAAAUGCGUUCUCCUUCUGCGAACCUGGUGCAGAAGUCGGAGAAACGGGACCCGAAUCCUUCCCAGCAAAGGCCAAGGGCUGCACUGCCCGUCAUAGAGAUCCAUAGUUCUGCCAGAGGUGCUUCGCAUCCCCAGGAACAUGCCCAUUCCUAUAGAUCUCAAUCAGAACCAGGACCAUCGAAUAGAACAGAACCACCAGCACCCACUAGAUCCAGGCCUGAACCGCCCGAGAUACCAGCAUCUUUAGUAGCACCCGCUUCAAUGGAUGCGGAUAUCAACGAGCCCGUGCGACGUGGAGCCUCCUAUUUGGGCACCGAGUUGAAUCCCUUCUACAGAGGCAGUUUCCUUAGAGUACGUCGCUCAAGGGAUUCACCUCAGAGCCGCCUGAGUCCCAUUCACCAGCGCGGGGAGCCGAAGCCGCCAAAAAUUCCAGGAAUGGGUAUACCCGUAAAGUUUACGAGACUAAGUCAGCUGCAGGCCUGGGUAUUUGGAGACGCCUUCGUAAAGGGUAACAACGAUUCGGGAGCCUGGAGCUGGCGCCAGAUCUUUGGCCGCAGGAAGAAGCGUGCUGCUUCCAAGGAUCAGCCUGCCGAAACAAUGGAGGCCAGUACAUAG